AUGAGUGGACUCGCCUUGAAGUUUACGGCAUUGCUUGUCAGGACGGUGGCAAAACCGGUGGCUAAUGUCAUGAAACAACAGGCCAAGGAACAUGAAUUCUUCAGAACAACUUGCAUUAAAAUCGCUCAGAGAUUACACAAAACAGACGUCCAGCUUCGAAUGAAUUUGUUGGGGGAUAAGAACGUCAAGGUCAGACCGUUGAACGACACCAGGGCUAUCGAAAACGGAGCCAAUUUCAUUUCCGAAACCUUCAUUUUCUCUGUCGCUGGUGGAUUGAUCCUCUUUGAGGCAAUGCGCUCGCGCAAUAAGGAGGCAGGCAGACGCGAGGCCGUGGCAGACGAUAUUGCCACACUACAGGACGAAAUUGAGUACAUCAAGAAGAAGUUGGUGGAGUAUAACGUCAAGCUUGACGAUUACAGACCGCCCCAGGGCAUGAGGCCGGCCGUGUUGAGAUUGGAUGAACACGGGAACAACGACCACAGGAAGUACGACGAAGAAAAGUUGGCAGAGAUGCUGAAGGGGAAGAGGGGCCCGGCCGAGUCCGAGUUUCUAGAGAAGGUGGUAUUGAAGAGUGCUCCCCAGCAAAGCGGUGCGUCAGAGUCAUUGGUUACAGAAGCAAAAUAG